UGUCUUGAGGAGAUACAAGAUGUGUUGUUUUGUGUGAUUUUUUUUUGUAAACGAUAGAUAAUUUGACAGAAUUAUGUGUUAUUGUGUGUGAUAAUGUGUGUUUGUUUAUAACUUUACUGGAAUAUUGUCAAAACCGGUGAUAAAAGAUGGCAGAAAUAAUCUUCCAAAGACGAAAGCCCGCGCUUAUCUGUGAGCCAAACCCGCUCAUAAUCCUGCUAGUCCUGGCAAUUGCUCAACUAUGUAUGUCCCAAGAGAUCAACAGGGCCCCGCAUUUUGUGCCCCAGACCGGGGACAUGUCCCAGUUUAGUGUAGCUGAAGAUACGGCGGUGGGGACGCCUGUUUAUCAAUUAAAAGGAAUCGAUCCAGAGAACAGUCGGCUAACAUAUUCCAUAUCUGGCCAAUACUUCAGUGUUGACUCCAACACGGGUGUGGUCACGUUGGCGAAGAGCUUAGAUAGAGAGGAACAAGCGACUCUGGAAGUCAUUAUUAGUAUAACAGAUGAAGGCUUAUCAAACACAGAACCAAACACAGUGUCCCUACGUCGUGUGAUACCAGUCCGGGAUGUGAAUGAUAACCCGCCUGUGUUCCACAAUAGACCGUACAUCGUUAACAUAAGUGAGGCUACUCCCGUUGAUAGUGAGAUUGAGGUGUCUCCAAAGAUAUUGAUAACGGAUCUCGAUGAAGGUGAAAAUGCGAAUAUUCGAGUUUCUUGUUCUACUAAGGACAGGGGAAGCGAUGCUGAGGCUUGCUCGACGUUCAGAAUUGUUACUGACAUGAUAUCACCAAACGAGUACCAAGCGCGUAUCUACCUAGCCAAGCCUCUCGACUACGAAAGCCGUACAGCAUACGUCAUAACGCUCGCAGCGCUCGACCAGAGCGCACGUCCGCUGCGGGCGACUGCGAGCGUUGCGGUCGGGGUACGGGAUGUACAGGACCAGCCGCCCGUGUUUGUAAAUUCACCGUAUUCGCCCACUGUGCCUGAGAAUACUAGUCCUGAUACAAGUAUUCUAGAAAUAGUAGCUAAAGACGGCGACACAGCAAACCCUCGACCAGUUUUAUUGACCCUUGAAGGUGAUACGCAAUCCUACUUCAAGUUAUUGCCCGAAAGAGCAAUUGGUCGUGCUGUACUGACUACAACGAAUAACCCGAUUGACAGAGAAAGCGAUAUUAUAGUGCAAAAUGGUGGAGUUUAUACUUUUAAUGUUAAGGCCACAGAACUAAUAAAUAACGAAGUGCCAUCAGAUUUCACAGUAAUUCCAGUUACCGUCAUAGUUACCGAUGUCGAUGAUCAUGUACCGAUUUUUAAUAAAGAUACUUUUGACAUAUCGAUACCGGAAAAUAUCGAUAAUGGCAGCCCAAUACCCGGCUUAUCGAUAUACGUUGAAGACAUUGAUUUAGGGCAAAAUAGUAAAUACGAUUUGAAACUACGCAAUGUGUUUAAUUCAGAAGGUGUGUUCGCUUUAACUAAUGAACACGGUGAAGGAAGAACACCGAUUAGUGUUAAAGUUAAAGAUUCGUCCAAACUAGAUUAUGAUGUCGAUGAUGAAGAAAAAAGGCUAUUUAGUUUCGAUAUAGUUACAUCACUACACGAUCAAGAAUUAUCAUCAGCUAGAGUUAAUGUAAAGUUAUUAGAUGUCAAUGAUAAUGCACCAGUAUUUGACGAACAACAAUACAAACUGAAUGUACUAGAAAACGCUACAGUUGGUACCAAAAUUGGCGACAUUAUUGCAACAGAUAAAGAUUAUGGUAUAUUCGGUGAGAUUGAAUAUACUUUAAGCGGUUUUGGUGCGAAUUUCUUCAAAACAGAUAAGAAUAAAGGUGGUAUUUACGUGGCAAGAGAGCUAGAUUAUGAAAGUCAAAAGAGUUACAGUUUAACGUUAUUUGCUAAAGAUGGAGGGGGUAAAGGAUCAACUACUAGUGUGUUUAUUGAUGUGUUAGAUGUAAAUGACAAUGUUCCGAUUUUUGAGGCGUCUGAAUACAGUCGAACGAUACGAGAUGGCGCCACCAGCUUCGAACCGCAAUUGGUUAUUCGAGCAACCGACAUAGACGGACCAACUCAAGGCGAGGGACGUAUUCGCUACUCUCUCGAAUCAGACAACAGUAUAGCUCACAAGGGACAAGUGUUCACAAUCGACGAGCACACCGGGGAACUGGAUAUAGUGCAGAAAGUGGAAACUAUGGAUACACCUCGAGGGCAAUAUGAACUGGUUGUUAGAGCUACUGAUUAUGGUAUCCCACCACUUUUCAAUGAAACUCGCGUAUUUAUUCGCGUAGGAGUACCCGGGAACCAACGGCCUACAUUCAAAGGCAACUACCACCAUUACAAAUACACAGUGAACCAAAAGAACGAUGUCACUGAUGAUUUUACUUUCGACCUUAAUCCUAUGAACUAUAAGGCCAAUAUUAGAGAAGACGCAAAACCGGGAGAUAACGUUACUAUGGUUGUAGCUAAUGAUCCAGAUGGAUUGGAUGAUUUAUUAACGUAUCAUAUAUUAACUGGUUCUAAGGACAAUUUUGUUAUAAAUGAGAAAACGGGUCUCAUAACAGUAUCAAGCGAUGCAAACUUAGAUCGCGAUCUAAACACCGAUCGAUACGAAAUAAUAGUCUCUGCUGUUGAUAGCGGACGACCUGCACCAGAAACAGCAACUACGACCGUCUUCGUUCAUAUAUCAGACGUUAAUAAUAAACCCCCAGUGUUCAACAUCACACAAGCGACCACAUACAUAUCAGAAAGAACACCUAUCAAUGAAACUGUAACGAAAAUUAUCGCACACGACACAGACUUGACGGCUAAGCUGAAAUACUCUAUAAUAGACCCCAUUAAAGCGUUUUCUAAAGCCGGCGUACAAUUGAAACCAAACGCUAACUAUGAUUAUAAGAAUAUCUUUCGUAUAGAUGAAGACACUGGAGAUAUAUUUGUUAAUGGAACUUUAGAUUAUAGUCAAGUAUCGAUUGUAAUACUUACUAUUAAAGUAGUCGAUGUUAAUGCAGAAUUGAAUAAAGAACAAUUCGCAACAACAGAACAUACUAUUUAUAUACAACCUUACGCUGAUGAUAAUCCAAGGUUUAUGAAUCCUGGUUGGACAAAUUCCAAUCCAUUGAUUUACCACAAAAUUAAAGAAGAACAGCCUAUUGGUAGUACUGUGUUAGUUCUAAUGGCUGAAGACCCUAUAUCAAACUCUAAAGUGACAAAUUUCAAAGUAGUUGAUUCAGAAACUGGUCUGUUACAAGUAGAUCCUUUCAGUGGUCAAGUUGUGUUAACAAGACAUCUAGAUUAUGAAGAACUAAAGAGUCCUAAUUUAACAUUAACCGUACAAGCGAUAGGUAGUGAUGAAAGUAAGCAUAGUACAGCGAAAGUUGUUAUUGAAGUGAUGAAUAUUAAUGAUAAUGCUCCAGUGUUCGAGAAAGAGUUAUACAAAGUCAGCGUAUUAGAAUCAAUUCUGUAUCCCGAAGCAGUAGUUACUGUUAAAGCGAAUGAUAAAGACGCAGUGUUAACUAAACAAGAUGAGCUAAAUGGGUAUUCUGAUGUUCGAUACAUGUUGAGAGGAGAAAACACUGAGCUGUUUGUGAUUAAUAACAAAACAGGGGAAAUACAGGUGGCUCCAAACAAAUCUCUAGACCGUGAGCGUCAAUCGGUCCUCCGUCUAGAAGUGGAAGCUGUAGAUGGACCAUCAUCUACAGAUAGACUGCGGUCCACCACUGCAGUAUUGAUUGACGUACUUGAUGUGGAUGAUAACUCGCCGACUUUCGAGAAAACUGUUUAUACCGCUGUGGUUCCUGAAAAUGUUCCAAUUGGCAUCAGCGUUGUUAAGUUGCUGGCUACCGACCCUGAUGAAGGUUUAGGAGGCGAAAUUAAAUAUGAAUUUCUUGAUGAGGGUGAAGCGAAUGGUUUAUUCACAAUCGAUCAAACAACUGGAGAAGUGAAAACUCAAAAGGAACUCACGGGUAGGGGUCGAACUGAUCCCUAUCGGCUGUUAGUUGGUGCCACGGAUGGUGGAGGACAUUCAGGGGAUGCUUCCCUUGCGAUUUAUAUAGGGGAUGUUAGCGCUAAUGAUGGAGUACCUAGGUUCAUACGACCAGCGGAAGGCGAGGAUUUGUAUGUUAGCGAGAAUGCAACAAUAGGCUCUAUGGUAUAUCAAGUAGUGGCCAGUGACCCCGAUGAUCCGACGCAACCAGCCGGGCAAAUAUCUUACCGCAUACAACGGACUGAAGAUGCGUCUGUUUUUUCUAUCGACCCAGACUCCGGUACUAUAACGACACGGCAACCACUAGACCGCGAACGUAAAGCAGCAUACACACUAGUGCUCGUCGCACAAGAUGGCGGCUCCCCGUCACAACAGCGCACGCGCAUUGUAACCGUGCGUGUCACUGAUGUGGAUGACCAUAAACCGCAUUUUGCUAGACACCUGGAUGCCCCGCCAGUAUUAAUGACCACGAAAGAAGAAGUUCCCAUUGGCUCUGUUAUUGGUAAAAUUAAAGCAAUUGAUGAGGAUAUCGGAGAAAAUGCGGCUAUAGACUAUCGUAUUACUGCUGGCAAUGAGCUAGAAUACGUACAGUUACAAAGGACCAAUGAUAGUGAAGCUUUAAUAAUAGCAGCAGCACGAUUGGACAGAGAGACAAUGUCGAGAAUAUUGUUGACGAUACAGUGCUUUAAAUUGGGUACCAACCCGAGGUUCAGUAAAACUUACAAUAGAUUGGACCCAUCAGAAAUCCAAAUAGCCAUUAAAAUUCUCGACAUAGAUGACCACCUUCCGCAAUUUGAUACAACCAACGUAACCAUAGGUGUCAGACUAAACGUAGCUUUAGGAACCACUAUCGCACUAGUCAAAGCUAUAGACAAGGAUCCAGAUGCAUUGCCCAUAGACUAUAAGAUAGUUAACAUGAGUUUCGAAUCGCCUAUAAAGUCGAAAUCUUUGAAUAAUGUAACUGAUGUAAUUGUGGUUAAUGAUACGACAGGAGAACUGAGGAUUAUGAUGAAUCUUAUACAUUACGCUGAUGGGAUAUUCAGAUUAACAGUACGAGCAAAUAAUUCUGAUGAUCCAGAAAGAUUUAGCGAUCUACACGUUGAGGUGGUAGUAGUACGUGAGAGAGAUCUAUUAAGGCUAGUGUUGCCGAGUGGUCGCGCUCGUUUAUCCGCGCUCAAGGAAAGCAUAUCGAAAGUACUGGAAUUGAAAAAACUUAAGCUACAAGUGCAUGACUCUACACAUGACGCUUUUAACGAUAAUAUGGGGCCGUGCUUCCAGUUCCGCACGAUGGAGGGCGCGGCGCUGACGCCGCAAGCGAUGAAGGCGACGAUCCGGUCGCUGGGCGCGCAGUUCCAGCUGGUGCUGCAGCAGCACGCCGUGCGCAACAUCACCGCGUGCGGCGCGCCCCGCCCCGCGCACUCGCUGCCGCAGCGCGCCCUGCUCGCGCUCGCCGCCGCGCUGCCGCCCGCCGCGCUGCUCGCGCUGCUGGCGCUCACCUGCAUGCACUCCGCCGCGAAACGGCGCAUGCGUGCUUCGUUGCUGGCCUGCCGGGAAGCCCCUACCACCAUUUCCCAACCGACAAGACUUUACGCCGAACCAUUAUAUUCUACAUGAAGGAAUUAGGAACGUCACAUAUCAAUUAAAAAUAAUAAAGAGAAAUAAUGAAAGAAUGGACUAGAUAGAUUGCAUAUGUUUAUACUUAUUAUUAUCAAGUUGAAUUGUGUAUUCAGGCAUCCUGGUAAAAUAAAAAGAGCGUGUAUGCCGAACAUACGUGUCAGAAGUGAAACUUCUUUGGCAAUAUUCAAAGAUACCAAAAUCGUCGCCUUACACCAUGACGUGACGUUGAAAUUUUACUCUCAACUUUUGAUUCAAAAACAUCUGUUCAGCGAAGAUAUAACGAUAAUAUCUGUAAUCGAUACAAAUCUCGUGUACCUAUGAUAAAUAGAAAUACAUCGAUUAGAGAAUUAUUUGAAUUGAUAUGCGAUAAGCGAAAACAACUCAAGUUAAGUGAACUAUUUAUUAUCAUAUUUCUACAAAAUAGGCUCUUGUAAAUGCCUAAUUUUCAGGCAGAUUGCAAGAAAAAUCAGAUAUUAAAAAAAUAGGCUCUUGUGAUUUGAAAAAAAAAUAGUACCAAUAUUUAAGUGUAAGAUUGUCAAGUCAUGUUUUUAUUGGAAUUUAAAGAUAACAAAAGACUCGUGUACGACCGUCCAUAUAUUUUUAAGUUUGUAAAUAAUCUAUACUAAUAUUAUAAAUGCGAAAGUAACUCUGUCUGUCUGUCUGUUACUCAAUCACGCCUAAACUACUAAACCA